AUGGCGGCGGCGGCGGCGGAGUGGGAGGAGGAGCGUUCCGUGAUGGAGGAGGAGGACGGAGACAUCGAGGACGUCCCGCCGCCGCUACUAGGCAGGAAUGGCGACAGCGAGGACGAGGUGGAGGUGGGCUCGUUGAACUCCCAGCGGUGGCCGCGGAGCUUCCGGGAAGCGACUGACACCUACACCAUUGCGGCGCCUCCGGGCUUCGGUCACGUCGGCGGCGGUGACUGCAGUGGCCUGGGCUCGGACCUGAAGCUGCCUCUCCUGUCGGACAAGCCACAGGGGAAGCAAGAUUCAGCCAAGAACUUGCUUGCAGAAGCAGAACCCUUCGGUUCAGUGCUAAGUGAUGGGAAAUGCUCAGAUAGUUUGCAACAAGCCCCAAUCACUCCGGGAUGCAAUCUGACGCAAACCGUGUUCAAUGGAGUCAACGUGCUUGCUGGUAUUGGCAUUUUCUCUGCUCCCUACACGAUUCGUGAGGCCGGAUGGGCCAGCCUUGUGGUUCUGACUUUUUUCGCUGUGGUUUGCUGCUACACUGGAGUUCUCCUCAAGUACUGCUUUGAGAGCAAAGAUGGUGUGAAAACCUUCCCAGACAUUGGGGAGGCUGCCUUUGGAAGGAUCGGUCGGCUUCUCAUUUCUAUAGUUCUGUACACCGAGCUCUAUUCCUUUUCUGUGGAGUUUAUUAUUUUGGAAGGUGAUAAUCUGGCGUCAAUUUUCACGAGGACCACUUUCGAUUGGAAUGGAAUUCAUGCCGAUGGGAGGCACUUCUUUGGAGUUCUAUUUGCUCUUGUUGUCUUGCCCAGUGUGUGGUUGCGAGAUCUUCGAGUAAUAUCUUACCUUUCAGCGGGUGGUGUGUUUGCAACACUUCUGGUUUUCCUAUCUGUUGGUUUAGUUGGUGCUACUGGCAAAGUAGGGUUCCAUAUGGCAGGGAAAGUAGUGAAGUGGGAUGGUAUUCCAUUUGCAAUUGGUAUUUAUGGUUUUUGCUAUGCUGGGCACUCAGUAUUUCCAAAUAUCUAUCAGUCAAUGUCCGAUCGCACAAAAUUCAACAGGGCACUCUACAUAUGUUUUGCAAUAUGCACGGCAAUUUAUGGCGCUAUAGCUGUUAUCGGCUACCUCAUGUUUGGAGAUAAGACUCUGUCACAAAUAACUUUGAAUCUUCCAAAAGAUUCAUUUGCGUCAAAAGUUGCACUGUGGACCACGGCGAUCAUUCCUUUCACAAAAUAUUCUUUGGUGAUAAACCCAUUGGCUCGGAGUAUAGAAGAGUUGCGCCCAGCAGGGUUUCUGACUGAUAGAGUCUUCUCUGUUACGCUGCGGACUACCCUUGUUGCAUCAAGCGUAUGCAUUGCCUUUCUCCUGCCAUUCUUUGGUCUUGUGAUGGCUCUCAUUGGAUCUCUUCUUAGUAUACUCGUGGCGCUCAUAAUGCCCGCCCUGUGCUUCCUGAAGAUCGCUCGGAAUAAAGCGACACGCUUGCAGGUCAUCGCAAGCGUCGCGACUGUGGUUCUGGGCGCCGUCUGCGCGGUUCUUGGGACGUACAACUCCAUCGCCAAGAUAGCCGAAAGCUACUAG